GCAACUAGCUGUCAAAAUGUGGUUAAAAAUAAAUUCUUUGACAAAAAAUCUAUGAAAAGAAAUUCGUAAAACGAGGUGUGCUUCUAUAAGCGGAACAAAUUUGCAAAAUUUUGCAAAUAAAACAAAUUUAUUUUACAAAAAAAGUGUUAAAAUUGAAAAUUUAUUUAAAAUUGUAUACAAUUUAAGAAAAAUUUUAACUAAUAAAUUAAAUAAAAGGCAAAGAAAUAAUUCAAGAAAAAAAAGCACGCGUCUCAAUGACGUCGUUAUUGAUGGUGUCUGACUGCAGUGUGUGUGUGAAAAGAAAAAAAGAUAUAGAAGAAAUAAAAUGUGAAAAGAAAUUAUGUUGAAAAAAUAAAUGAUGUAAAUUAAUAGGCAGUUGUUGUAAAUGAGAAAAAAAUAAGUUUUCUUAAAAAAAAUUGUGUAAAAUAAAGUUUUUUAAAAUGAAUCUUGCUACAAAUGACAGUAGUGAGAUAGCCUCCAGUUCGUUACCUAGUGAAGCUAAUGAAGCUGGCUCUGGAGCCAACAAUACCACAACAGCUGUAGCAACUGCUAGCAGUUCCAAACAUAAAGCAGAAGCUGUUUCAGGACCUGCUGUAAGCAACGAAAGCAAUUGCUUGACUCCUACGGCUAAUGCCUCCAUAAAACGUAUUAUACGCCAAGUAACACCAUCAAGUCCUGGUGUAAAUUCCAUAGAUACUCAGAGUCCUGUUGCAACCAGUAGUAAUCUGCCCGCAACGCCAACCGGUAGCUCUCAAAAGCGUGUUAUACGCAAAAUAACCCCUAUAGAUCCUAAAAAAUUACAACAGGCCGGUUUAGAUCGUAAAAUAGCUGAAGCCUUAAGUAAACAAAAGUCCCUACAGGGCACUAAUAAAAUAACAAAUCGUAUUUUAAAUAACCAAACAAAAGCAACUCCCACAGUAUCCUCUGUGGCCGCUACAAAUGUAACAAAUAAUGUGAAACUACAAACAAAACCUUUAAAUACUGAAGAACAACCUUCGCCAGCUAAACCUUUAUUGUUGGCUAAAAAUAUAAUACCACCAAAAAUUACCAUAACGGCACCGGAUCCACAACCAGAUUUGGAUACACCUGAAUUAGCUGGUUUAAAUUCUCAACAACGUUUAGUGCAUGUUAAAAAUUUACUCAAUAAAAAGUUAAUGAAAAAGAAAAACUCACCAAAUAAUGAUAAACCCAAAAUGUAUAUACAUUUAAAGCCACCACCACCCUUAACGGGCAGUCUUAUAACGACCACAAGUCCUUUAGGACCGAAAUUACCCAUGAAACCUCCUCAAAGUUCCAAAAAAGACACACCUAACCGCUCAACAGCAUCAGAUCCCAGAGGUUAUACGGUUUUAAAAGAACCAGCUAUAACUACACCACCCUUAAAGUCGUACAAAACUAAAACUCCUCAAAAAUCUCCUCAAGAUAUAGCACGAAAAUUAGAUUUCCAAAUGGAAGAUGAAUUGAAAAUAACACAUCAACAGCCGGCAAAAAGAACAUAUAUUAAAUUCAAUACCAUGGAUAAAAUGGAUGGUAAAAUAGCAACCAAUUUUGUGGCAAAACAUAGUGGCACAAAUGUUAUACCCAAAGCUGCCAUAAAGGCAGGUCAGCAUCAACAGCAAAACGAUAAUAAUUCAACAAAUUUUACAUCUUUUGAACACUCUGGACUUAAGCUUAACUCUCAGGAAAAGCUUUCCCCUACAACAACCAAUAUGUCCACAGAUUUCUCACAUCAAACUAAGGAUAUAAAUAGAAUUCCAAAAGCCACCAUUAAAACUGGACAUCAGCAAUUGGCAAACACUAGCUUAGAUAGUAAUACAACUCCUAACUUUAGAUUUUUCCAGCAUGCAGAACAAAGUCUUAUAAUUCCAAACUCAACUGAUGUAAUUCCUCUAAGAACUUCUUACAUGGCAGCUAAUGCAGCAACAGCCACCUCUGUUAAACCUAACUAUAAUCAAUCUCCACAAAAUACACGUUAUUUUCAAAAUCUAGAACAUAAAACAGACUACAGUCAUAUUAUGCCUACAAAAUCAAAUAUGGCAUCGGAUUAUCAAAGUGAAUAUUUAAAACAACAAAGAAUAAACUAUCAGCCAAAAACUUCAACAACUAGUGAUUACAGUGAAAUACCCAAAGCUUCCAUAAAGGCGGGUAAUAGUACUCAACAAUACUCCUAUUUACCUUAUAGUUAUAAACAACUUAAACAGUCGGAACAAAAACUAGACUUUCCAGAAGUUUCUCCCCUUAAAGUACCAUUUCCCACCGUCAAUGUACCAAAGGAGACACCUUUGCCAACUAUAGACUCCUUUAAAAAACCUUAUCCUACUGCUGGCUACUAUGAUUUACAGGCACAAACUCAAAAUUUACAUAAAAUUUUACCCUCAACGGACUUUAUAAACACAAACUAUGAGUCCUUUUUAAACCCCACUAAUCCAACAUCACUAAUCAAUAAUAAUUUACUCUCUAACACGCUAGAGUCAAAUGAUAAUGUUGUACAAACUGAGACAGAGUCUAAUAACUCUCCUAAUGCUAAUUGUUUAAUUGUUUUGGAAAAUAAAAUUCUUUCACAAGAUGAAAUGAUAGAUUUGACCGAACUGCGCUUAUCCAACUCUAAUACACCACGUUUUAUUAAUCCCCAUAAACCCAUACCGGAACUGGUUAUAAAACAAGAAAAAGCCGAUGAAUAUCCAACUACAAAUACACCCCCAGCAGCGCUAAACACUAACACACAGGAAAUGAACUUAAAUCAAAUUGAAAUACCUUCAGACAUAACAACAGAAAAUAAGGAAAAGCCCUCCUGUGAUAAAGUGUGCAUAUCUAAUGGACCCAAUAAGAAAAUCAUUAUAAAUGCUCAAAAACUUAAAUUGCCUCCGGAACAAUUAGCUGAUUUGGCCAAAAAGAUAAAGGCCAGAACAGCGGUCAUUACAACACCGACCUCCAAACAAGAAACUAAACCUUCAGAUAUGCGCAUACUUAAUACUAAGGCUGGCAUACGAAAAGUCUUAACACCGCUUAGUAGCAAACAUACAGCCUAUGUUUUGCCUAAAAAUCCUACAACAGAAAAAGAUAAUUUAAAUGUUUCCACAUCCAAUAACAAUCGUAUAAUAAACAAUAAAGCCAAUUAUACAGAACCUUAUAAACAGGAUCAUAAUUAUCAGUUAAAAACGAAAUCAAAUAUUGCUGGCAUAAGUUCUUUAAAUAAAGAAAGUCAUUCGAAAUCAUCGAAUAAUGUUGCAACUGAGAAUACUGAAAUGGAAACUAACAAAUCUGAAGACAUUAGUUUAGUGCAAGUUAAAGAAGAACCUAAAACUUUGGAUAAUAAUGAUAAAACACAACAAAACUUCUCUGAAGUUACAUCAGAAACAGCAAACUUUGAAGCUUCCCCAUAUAUGGACUCUAGCUUUACUGAUUAUCGUCAAUCGGCUGUAGAAAUUAUCGAUGAACCUAUGGAAACUGAGGAUUGUUUCUCGGCUGUAGAUUUCAUAACAGCCCUCAACAAUAGCAAUCCCAUAACUGAAGAAACUAGUUUAGAACUAUCUCCGGAAGAGCUAAAUCUAAAUGCUUCUUGUACUAUGAAUAAUUUUUCACCUUUACGCAUACAAUCCUAUCCACCACAACGUCAUCGAACCACAUCAGCAUCGUUCAAAGUUUACGCUAAAAAUCCUGAACAAAUGAGCACUAUAGUGAUAGAAAGUUCUAAGGGUCCCGAGACAAUACUAACCAAUGAGAGUCCUAAUAAAUAUGGAGCUUUACAAAAGGUUAAACUCUUAAAUAAUAUGGGUAUGUGUGAUAUGGAUAUAGAAAAACCGCUGGAUAAUGAAAGUAAAGAUAGUUCUGAUACUUGUAAGAAGCAACAGCAUUUGGUUUUAGAACCCCUAAAAGAGCCUAAAAAUAUAGAUUUAACAAAUGUUAUAGUGGCCAGUGAUCCAAAUAAGAUAAAAUUAAUAAUUUCUCAAGUAUCACAAGAAAAGGAAGAGGAAAUUUUGAAUACAGAUAAAUUAGCUUCACCUAAUAAAAUAAGGAGUCCAAGAAAAGCUCAAACUUUGUCGAUGCAAAACUUGCCUGAUGACAAUCAAACUUCAACUAAAAAAUCCAAUGAUUUGACUACAUUUAAGGAAGUAGUAACGAAUCUUUCAAUAACGCCUUCAAAAUCUAUUGAGAAUGUUGAGAAACCCCAAGAGAUAGAAGUUGCUAGCAACUCAUCAACUGAAGAAAUCCAAUUGAAGGAAUUAAAAGCCUCAAAAACUGUAACAGUUGCUAAUGCUUCAUUAACUCAGGAACACUUGAAAUCUCCCCUUAAAGUAACAAAUUUGAAAUCUAUAUUAAAAUCUCCCAUAAUAGAUCUGCAAAAAGAUAAUUCUAACUCGACAAUAUCUAAGGAGACUUUAAUAACAAAACCUGCAGAAGCAGAUAGUUCCGUAAAAAGCUCUAGUAUUCAACAAACUUCCGCGGAAUCUGAAGCUACUAAGGCAAAUGAAACUGCUACAGUAACGUCUACCACUGCGGUAACUACAAAACGUAUAUCCCGCUUCAAAAAGGGUAAAAUCAAUCUGGUGCAACGUAAUAAAGUUUCAGCUCAAAGUACAAAUAAACCUACAACUGGCGAAAAGAAAAAUGAAGCAACUAAUAAAGAUAACAAAGUUGAUAAAGAAAGUACGUCUAAUGAAGCUUUAGAUGAACCAACCAAAGAGGAGAAGAGAGCUGAAGUGGCAGAAGUUAAUCAAGAAUCGAUUCAAAUUAAUGAAACACCAAUAGACUCAAUAAAAACCAAUCAAAGUCCUACUAAAAGUAAUGCUAACACCCAAACAAAAUCUGGACAAGUUCAGCAAGGAGAAGAAAUUUCACUUGAAGAAAAAUCAAUCUUUCAAACUGCAGAUAAACCUAUAGAGUCGGAAUCAAAUGUAACUAUAACUACUGGUGAUAAAGAGAAUAAGGAAAAAGUUGAAAAUUCCAAUGAAAUUCAAACAGACAUAUUGGACGACUCUAUCACUAAGACAAUAGUUACAAAAGGUGUUUCAAAUGAUUCUGCUAAAACUUUAGAAAACAAGGAAAUCGCAAAUCAAGCAACACCUAAAGACAUGCCUUCAGAUAAAGCAACUAGAAGCCCUGAUAAAAGCUAUCAUAACACUUUGAUAGCGGAGACUAAAGAGAAUGAUGAUAAAUUUCCGCAAAAAUUCAAAACUCCAGAUGAAGCCAAUAACUUACAGGAUAUUUCUGAAGUUACACCUCAAAAAGUACAAGCAACCAAUACUGAAAUUAGCACAGAACCUGAAAAUAUCAGCAAAAGUCCUGAAAAGUUACCAAAAUCAAGUGAAAUUUCAGAAAUUUCAUCGCCACAAAAGUCUCCACAGAAUAUAGCUAGAAAACUAGACUUUGAAGCGGUAAAGGAGACAGAAGAAGCUUUAGAACAAGAACAAGCCAAAGAAUCUAAAAAAGUGGAGAAAAAACCUGAAGAAAGUAAAAGUAUACAACUUCAGCAAGAAGAGACUGUUAAUGCAACUCUCGAACAAACUUUAAACCAACACAAGCAGCGGCAACAAACUACAGCAACUACGAACGUCGAAGAGUCUAAUGCUGCAGAAACUAAUGAAAACUUAAUUGAAUUGAAUGAAAUUCAAGAUAAUAUUGAAAAUAUUUCAUGUGAAAGUAUUGCAAAGCAAACACAACUCAAUAGAAAUGAUGAUUUAGAUCAGGGAUCUAGAAAUAUUUUAAAGAGCAUGAGAAAUGCUAAAAUAUCGCUUAUAGAUAUAGUUAAACAUUCCCCCAUAAAAACACCAGAACUCAAACCAGUAAUACCUUUUAAAAAGAAAACUCCAGACACCAAAGAAACAGCAGCUGAAACUAAAGGCAUUAAAACUUUAAUAAAACAACUGAAAAGUCAUAAUAAAGAUAAGGAAGCUCAAGAGCCGGCAGAAGAUAAAGCUAAAGAAAUGGCAGAUCAACCAGAAACCAGUGUAAAAGUUACUCGAAGAAGUUUAACAAAAAUUAAUGAUGAAAAUCAAAAUGCUAAGAUUGUAUGCAGCAAAAGAUCUACAAGAUUAAGUUUAAACGAAAAGCCAAUUGUUGCACAGACAACAGCUGCAAAACCAGCUGGCAACUCGAGAAAAAGACAUUCCACUAGACCACUUAUAAGUGAUGAUGAUUUGGAAUUUUUACCCGUAAAUGCUGAAGUUAAAUUUAAACUUUCAAAAUCGAAAGGCGGCGAAAAGGAUAAAACAAUUGAUACUGUUACAAGUGAUAAAACAACACCCACUUCCAGCAACCCGCUUACCAAUCGCAGAAUACGCCUUUAUUCCAAGCCAUUGGAAAUGGAUUUAUCCAAACAUUCCUCACCUUUAACUAAACGUACACGUUAUUAUUCUCAGACUUUGGAAACAAAUGUUACAAUUAGUUUUGAUGCCUUAAAGUCUGAUACAACAGCCAAUGUUUCUAGUCCCUUAAAUCGUUUAAAUUUAAAUUCCUUGGAUACCGAAGAUUCUUGCCAAGAUAGUACACAAGAUUCUAAAAAAUUAACACCCACCAGACAGCGUAAAAAGUUGCGUAAAACUUUGGAAGAUAUUAAGAAAUCGCAAAAGUCACUUACGGAUACCGACACCGAGGAUGAGCGUGAUUAUGAUGACGCUUGCCUGAAAGAUUGUGAGGAGGGUAGUGAGUUCUUGGGAUUUGAAGAAAAUAAUGAUACAAGUUUUAAAAAUAUUCCAACAACUAAUAAGCAAGAGGAGGCAAAUGAUAAAGUGGCAAAAACCAAAGGUGGAACUAUGAAAAAUUGGCUAACUACUGGUAAGGCCAUAGCACCAACGUUAGAGGAUGAGCAGUUAACUAAACGAAUACGGCAUGAUGAUGAAUUACCCGCAACAACUCGAAGUAGAACUAGUGGAGGUCUAAAACCAUUUAAAAAACGUUGGGAUCUCUCUAGCAAUCGCCAUGAAGAGACUGAUAUUACCGAUGAUACAUCACCAGCUGAUGACGAAGAUGAGAGUGCUGCUGAACAAAUAACAAAUAUUAGAAAAUUUAAACGUGGCAUUAAAAAUGUGAUCGAUAGUAAUAAGGUACAAGUAGAUAGUAAGAAACUAAAAUUAGAUGAAACAUUAGAGAAAACUCCAGAACACAGAUUUAUUAAACCUCAACAUUUGCGUACAAUGUCGAAAAAUUCUGGUACAGAUUCCGAAAGUCAUGAUGAAAGAUCUACAAAAACAUCACAUUCAAGACUUAGGGUAAGAAAUUUUCAAGAAAACUUAGCAUUUAGUGCUAAUUCCAAAAGUUCAGAUCACGAUUCCGCAAAAGUCAAUGUUGCGGAAACUGUUAAUGAAACUUCUGCAACCGAUUCGGAUAGCACAGAGCGUAGAACUUCCAGACGUUCUAGAUGUCAUAUCAAAGAUGUUGAUAAAUUAAAUGAAACUUCUGGUACCGAUUCCGAUAGACAUCAAGGCAAAGAUACAAGACAUUUGUCAGCCAAAUCAAAAGACAAAACAAUAGUAAAACAUUCCGGGAAUUCUGCAAUAGACUCUGAUCGUCAAAAUAAAACUGAAACGAGACAACCUAAGUCAAAAGAAAAGCUUAUACAGAAUGCUGAAGAUAAAAGCUUAGAAAAGUCUAAAAAGCCUGAGGAGCAUGACUCUAGUAAUCAAGAAGCACGAGGUUCAAAGCGUCUACAAUCUAAAACUAAAGUUAAAGGUGCAGACAACAAUCUUAAAACCAAUAAUUCUGGAUCUGAUUGUCCUAAUAGCACAGAGUCAUCACCUAUAAAGUCUCAAAGUAAUAUAGAUGGUAACCAUAACAUCAACGAUUUAGGGAAAGGUGUAAAACCUCAAGAGAACACACAAGACUCCGAAAGUAUGAAAUCCAAAGAAAAAGCGGAACACUUAGAUAUAGGUAACAAAAGCCAAAGCUUUGAAUCGAAUGAAGCGAAAGUUAAGAGAGCAAAGAUUUUGAAAUCCAAGCUCACUACAGAUGAUGAUACGGAACAAAAGUUGAACAUUUCAAAAAACCAUGACGAGCUUGAUAGUUCCCACAACAAAGAUAAGUCUACCAAAAAAAUAUUAAACAACUCCAAAAAUGAAAUUAACACUAAUGAACUUUCAAAACAAGGAGAUAUUUCCACAACUAUUUUGGAAUGUAAAGCCGAAAAAUCAAGUCCAGCUAUUAAAACACCACAAAAUAAAACGAGCAAGAAAAAAACGGGAAAAACUAAAUUGAAAACUGAACAAACAUCCAAUGCAGACACGACUGAAGAUAGCUUUAAAGACACGCCAACAUCUUCAGUAGUAAGAACAUUAAAGAGAUCAUUGAGCACAGAUUCAUCCGACGAUGAGGUAGCCACAUCAUCUGCCAAAAAACGUUCUCAAAAAAAUCAACCAAAACGAAAACUUAAAAUUGAAGAUUCUGACAGUGAUUCUACUGCAGCAACUCCUCUUAAGAAAGACGAUGGCAAAGAAAAUAAUAUAGACAAUUUAACACCUAUAACAACUCCACGUUUAGCACUGGUUAAGAAUGAGACUCCCAGACCAAGAGCUGGUAGAAAACCUAAAAAUUUGGCAGAAUGUAAUUUUAACUCUCGUCUAUUGCUAAUAACAAAAAGAGAACAACUCGAUACAGAGGAGGUUUUAACUGGUCUAAAUAUAGGAAGUGGCCCUAUAAAAUGUGGUCUUUGUCUGAAUCGCACUUCUAAAUGGACGUUACAUUUAGCGGAACAUUAUGGUGUUGGCUGGCAGGAUGGCCAAGAGAUAUUGAAUGUAGGAAACCGUUCCGUUGUGUUAAAUUGCAUUCUCAGUUAUUUGAAAAAGACAGGAUCAAAAGGUCUCGCUUGUCGUAUGUGUAAGAAAGAAUACCGUUCCGGCUUGGGUAUGUUAACGCAUGUAGAGUCAUGUGGUGUACAAAUUGAACGUGUUAUAUGUGAAUAUUGUAAGAGGGAUUAUGCGCCAUCCACACUGCCAAUUCACGUGCGAUCUUGCUAUGCUAAAAUUGCUCUUGAAAGUCCAUCGAACGAUUGCAAAUUAGAAGAAAACGUUGAAAAACAUGAAGAAGUUUUUGGUAAUACGGGCCGCUUAAAACGAAACUCCACAAUAAAAGCUGAAAAUAAACUUAAAGUUUUAGGCGAAGAACUGGAAAAAGCAGGGGACACUACUAAUAACGAUAAAACUGACAUUGAUCCUAAAUCACGCAUUAGAUAUGUGCCACCAUUAGAUGAAGAGAAUACCACUAAAAAGUGGACUCAAGAUAUUAAAAAAUUAGGCAAGGCAGUCUGUCCAAAGAAACGUUGUAAAUUUAGUAGUAACAAUUUAAAAGAAUUAUCUGAUCAUUUAAAAAAUUGCAAACAUAUAAGAUCGGGUUAUUUUUGUAAUUUCUGUCGUCGGCGUGCAUUUAAAACUGAAAAGGAAGCCGUUGAACAUGUAAUAAAAAGUCACAAAGGAGGACGUAGGAAAUCCGAUGAUUCAGAUUGUAAUUUAAAAACCGAUGAUGAACAAUCUUCCGAUGAUAAUGAUCUAUCCGAAGGUGUUGAUGAAAAUGAAGUUGAUUUGGAUGCUAGCGAAGAGGAGGAUGAUUAUGAUGAUGCCGCGAAUUAUGGUAAAAAGGGUAGAAAGAAACAAAGUAAAAAAUCUUCAAAUAGAAAUGGAAAUCAAACAAAUUUUCAAUCAUGUCGUAAAAAAGUUUAUGAAGGUCGUUCCAAUGAUGUCACAAGGGACGUGUUUACCAAAUGGAAGAACUUGUAA